GAUGGCCACCACCAUUCCCAUGGCCACCGCGGUCGGAGGCAGCCACGAACUCUUGGCAGCCAUCGCCAACUACGUACCCAGUGCUACGGCCUUGCGUGCGCUCUUGGAAGCGCUGCCACCCGACUUCUUCAGCGACACGCGGGUCGGCAGCCUCCGCAACCCGUGGCCCGGCGUCCUCUGUCUCCUCCAGCAUCCGCAACUAGACCCAAGCACGCUCUGGCCAACGCUGCAAUUCAAGGCUGUCGCAGCUGUGUUGGACCCGCAGGGCAAACGCAAUGUGUGGUUGUGCCCGGAGCUUCGGCCGCUCUGGGCCGCGGGCGUUGACGUGACCAUGGAGUCCAUGGACGCGCGCCAAGUCGACGGCCUUUGCAAAGCGCAGCCACGCCUGCUUGACGCUGAUAUCAUGUGCUCGCUGACGCCCAUGACGGUCAACAUCGCUAGCGGCGUCUGGACCAGCUGUACGCUCUCUCUUUCGUUAUCUAAAAGCCAAGAUGACAUCCUGCGCAUGGCGUCCAUCCUGGCGUCCACGCCGUCACUACGCCGCGUCACGCUCGACCUCUCGCAGAUUGCGUAUGCUCGCGUCAUGGAGUGUGAGGAGCACGGGGAAGUGUACCGGUCCUACGGCGCUCCACUGCCUGCCGAUCUCGAGCCACACGUGUGGGCUGCCCUCGCAGCAUCACAAGCCGUCGAUGUCACCUUCCUCGGCGGCAACCUCUUGGCGACACCCAACGGCAUUGCAUCGGCAAUCCAAUGGCUUGCGUCUUGUCGUAUCCGGUGUCUCUGCCUUGCUGACGUUAACGUCGAGGUCAACGGCGUCGGUGCCCUCAUGACGGCCAUGCGCAACUGCACCACGCUCUCGCACCUCGAGCUCAGCUACGAUCACACGCUUCUACCGGCGCUCUUAUCCAUGUCGCUGCCACGUCAUGUGCGCCGUCUGCGCUUGUUUGUGAGCGAGCCGCAUUCCCCCGACUCGAUCUGCCACCGGAUCACGACACUUUCAGUGCCCUGCGGCGUCGCUCAGUUUUUAGCCUCGGCCAUUGCGGCCUCUGCCUUGACCUUCUUGUCCAUCGACGUCGACGGCUGUGGCGACGAGAGUACCGCUGCAAUUUUGUCAAUGGUGCUGACGCAACUGCCGGACCUCGCACACUUGGAAUUGGUCCGCUUUCGAAGAGGCCCGCAGGUCAAGCUCGUGCUGGAAGCGGGCGCGGCUCGGCUCGCAGCGCUCGCUUCCGUGCGGUUCCACGAGCUCGCAGAAGACAUUUUCGACACGUAUGGCGCGUCCGACUACUAGCGUAAUGCCAUCAGUCGUCUUUGUAUAUUGCAUUUGGUAUUUUUAA